CGUUGCAGCUGAUUCGAUAAAAGUUAAUUUUUUAAAGACAUUUUUAUUUAGUUUACUAAUGGUUUCGGAAUUAAAUAGGCUGUGUUAUUUAUUCAGUAAUAUUGUCAGAUCUCACAGUAGGCGUGGCACAGCGAUAUUAAGUUCGCAAGUAAAAAAUAUGAGCACGUGCCAAAACUCAUGUGGCGAUCAAUCGGACAUCGUUUGGAUGGACCUGGAAAUGACCGGACUGGAUGUAGACAACGAUCAAAUAUUGGAAGUCUCCUGCAUUAUAACUGACAAGCAGCUCAAUGUUAAGUCAGAGGGUCCAUGUUUCGCCAUAAAACAUGCCCAGCAUGUCUACGAUAACAUGAACGAAUGGUGCAUCAAACAUCACAACGAAUCUGGUCUAGUCGAGAGAUGUAAAAACUCUCAGGUUACUCCCGAGAUGGCUGAGAACAUAAUCCUAUCGUACCUUAAGGAAAACAUCCCAAAGCGAAAGUGUCCGUUGGCUGGAAACUCUGUUUAUAUGGAUCGUUUAUUUCUACGAAAAUAUUACCCCAAGGUUGAUGAAUAUUUGCACUAUCGUAUCAUUGAUGUUUCAACUGUUAAGGAACUGGCCAGCCGAUGGUAUCCAGAGAUUAUUAAAGCCGCUCCAAAUAAGGUAUUAGCUCAUCGAAGUCUUGAUGAUAUCAAAGAGAGCAUAUCUGAAUUGAAAUACUAUAAGGAGCAUUUAUUUAAGUAAAUUUCAAUAUCGUUAUUGUACAGUGGCGCGGCAGUAAUUAACCUAACACACAUCGAUAAGCCAUUUGUACUGAACAGAAUAGUCGAUAAAUUUUGCAAUUGGCGCCAAUUUUGAUCGAUAUGCGCUAAUUGUUUCUGUUGACAGUUCGUAUAUGGCGCCAAUUUCGAAUAUUCGCAUAAGUUAAUAACUAGGCGCCACCUUGUAUAUUGGUAAAGAUAAAUGUAAAAUUUAAUUAGUACGAAAAUGCAAGCAAAAAUAAAACUCUAUGAUUAGAAACAAAAAUA